UGACGCAGCCUACAGGCAGCAGGCCGGUUGUUUUGUGUCUGUCUGGCAGACGGAGCCGUCGGCUGUGGAGGGAACUGUCUCUCUUUGCUUUCCUGGAUCACAAUAAAGAGCAGAAAAAAGGCAAAGGAUCCUCUGCAACAAGACGGGAGAUGGACAACAGUAAACGGACUGUGGUCGUUACAGGUUUUGGGCCAUUUGGUGAGCACACCGUCAACGCCAGCUGGAUAGCAGUACAGGAACUGAAGAAGCUCGGACUGGGCAGUGAAGUGGACCUGCAUGUGUCCGAGGUUCCUGUAGAGUACCAGACAGUCCAGAGUUUGCUGCCUUCAUUAUGGAAGAAGCAUCAUCCACAGUUGGUGGUUCAUGUUGGAGUCUCAGGUAUGGCCACUACUGUCACGUUGGAGAAGUGUGGCAGAAAUCAUGGCUACAAGGGCCUGGACAACAGCAGCUUCUGUCCCGAUUCACAGUGUUGCAUUGUGGGAGGCCCCGACUGUAUCAACUCAGUUAUUGACAUGGAAUCAGUCUGUAAGAGAGUGACGUCCUCAGGACUGGGAGUAGCUGUGUCUGUCUCCAGAGACGCUGGAAGGUAUCUGUGUGAUUUCACCUACUACACUUCUCUGUACCUGAGCCAUGGUCGUUCUGCCUUCGUUCAUGUGCCUCCUCUUGGAAAGCCUUACAGCGGGGAAGACCUGGGCCGUGCGCUGCAGGCCAUCAUCCAGGAGAUGCUGGAGCUUAUAGACCAGGCCGAAGAGAAAAUCCACUGCCAGCACUUCCACUAAGUGACCUCCAGAUGCCAACCAGCCUCUCCGACCCUCAACACAAAAGAAAAAUUGCACUUAACCACAAGUAGCCAAACUUUUUUUUUUUGUCUUUACUUGGUUAGAAUGAAAUUUCAGUUCGUCUCCAGCAUUUGUUUCUUUUUGUUUUAGGUUUGUCUUCAUGUUUUUUCAGCACUGUCUCAGUUUUGUUUUUAUGUCUCCCGAUGGUGAGAAGAUAAAAUGGGAGUCUCAAGCCUAACUGGGCCAUUUCACAUUUGAUGUUGAAUUGUUUCUUGAGUCCUUUUUCUUUAUAAGAAGUUGUUAUUUUUGCCUUCUUUUACAAAGGUUAUUUAAUCAGGGAACGGGUUGGUUCCAGCUCAUUUUCCCCCAAAGUUUUGUUGGCCCAACACUGACAAAUCAAAAACACCUCAUUGAGAUCUGGCCCUUCAGGCUGUGCAAUGUUAUUUUACAGAUCUCAAGUUCAGUGAUUUAGUGGUAGGUUUAUCAGAACUAUACUAAGGCUGCACAAUUAGAAAAUACAAAGCAUUGCAUGUAUUACCACAGACAUUUUCAUAUUCAAUUAAACAAGUUGUGUUGUUUAUUUAAUGUGUUGCUAUCUUUUAACUUUACUACAUAAACAGUUUACAAAAUUUGAAGAUUAAACUGGCAAAAGCAAAUGUUUUUCGUUUUUGUGCAGCACUCACUUUUAUUCCUUGAUCAAAAGCUUUCUGUUACUCAUUGAAUCAGAUAUAGCUGCUUAUUUUACCUGAGGAUUUGAUUUGAUGAAUUUGAACUCUCAGUUCAGUCAGAGUUGGGCCUGUCAUUUUAUUUCUGUAGCACUUUCUUUAUUUUGUUUUUUACAUUUUUACUUAGUCUGGAAUAUCGACAGUAACUGUAGCCAUGUGAAUCCUAGUAUUUACCAUUUUAUUUUCAGUCACCUUGAAAUAUGUUGCUUUCAGACAUAAAAACAUCCAUAUAUUCCAAGUGUUAUUAUUAUUAUGCAUGUGUGGUAUGCUUUGUAGGUAGGAUUGGCUUUAUUUUCCUGAGCUUUGGUUUGAUUUGACCUGUCAAACAAAAUGCUGCAGAUUCCCUUACUGUGUUUGUGAAGGUGCCUCUUCUAGUUAUGUUCGGUUUUAUGUAAAAAUGAUUUUCUGUUUCACUGUGUAUGCCAGCUGAGUCCUCAUAAAGCCUAUGUGAACAAACAGUUUCAGAUUUAUCAGAUUUACUAUAGGCUUAAAUGUUAAAUGGCCUUCACUCUACUUCCACAGAAAAUAUAUUUGUCUGUUGUAGACUUCAUAACUAGUCUUAGAGUUGCAGCAGUCCAUUGGCCUUUCAUUGGUCUUUGAAUCAAAUGUUUUUUCAUCACUUAAGCAAGUUGAUGCCACUAAAUUUGUGUAAAUUGACAUUAUUUUAAGCUGUGUGUAUCAUUUUAAAUGCCAGCAACAUGGUUUGUACCAUAAGGUGAAGCUGAUCAGAACUGAAGUUGUUCUCAAACUGUAAUUGUGUGUUUUGUCGUUAACCAACAACUAAAACGACUGAAGUCUUGGCUGCUUCUUUCAACAAGUCCUUAAGAGUUGUUGACGUUGACGGUGAGGUGGUUGUUCUGAGUUUGCUGGUGCUGAUAUUUUACUGUGUUAGUUUGUGAGUGCUGAGAAGUGAAAGGGUUUUGGAGGAGCUGCCCCCUAAAAUGUUGCUCACAAAAGUGAAAGCCUCAAGUUUACAAAUGUGAUGACCUCUGACCCUGUGCCUUGCAGUUCUUUAUGUAUGUAAAAGGCCUUACAAUACCCAGCAGGUCAAAGAUAUAUUACUGAUGCUGUCCAGUCAGAUGUGUGGCUACCUCAAAACAACUUUUUUUCUUUAUCUGUGUGUGUGCUCUGUUGUACAAUAACAUUAAUGUUUCUCUGUUUAGGGAGAAUCCUCUGAGGUGUCAUCUGCUUCUGACAUUAACAUAGCACUCUAUACAACGAGCAAUCUUGGCUUUUAAAACGAAAGUCUUUGAAAUAAAAAGAGUUAAGGA